UGUGGGUCUCCCCUGAAGUUGACAACGCUACCGUGUCCAUAUCCUCUAGUCUUCGGAACGGAAAAGCCACAUAUGCAUGUGUAACAGGGUACAAGCGCGCUUCCGGUUCAAGUAACUUCACAUGUCUCUCAUCGGGUCUGUGGGAGGUUCCUGAUUUAGUUUGUAAAGUUUACUGUGGUGACCCGCCAGAAAAUAACAGGACCGAGGCUUCAAAUACCACUGGAUUCGUCAACGAGACUGUUGAGUACACGUGUAAACCUGGGUAUUCACACCUAUCGGGAUCAACCGUCAUCAGCUGCCAAGAAACAGGGGCAUGGGAGGAACUAAUGAUACAUUGUGAAGUCGACUGUGGAGAUCCCUCGCCAAUAGACCACGCAGACAUGUACGUCAACGCCACAUGGCUGGGUCAGACCGUCAAUUACACCUGCCAUGACGGUUAUGUGCAUACGUCAGGGUCCGACCAGGUCACGUGUCUUGAGACUGGCGUUUGGGAUGUUGCAGAUAUGACAUGUGAAGUCGACUGUGGCGAUCCCUCGCCAGUAGACCACGCAGACAUGUACGUCAACGCCACAUGGCUGGGUCAGAUCGUCAAUUACUCCUGCCAUGACGGUUAUGCUCAUACGUCGGGAUCGGACCAGAUCACGUGUCUCGAGACUGGCGCUUGGGAUGUCGCAAAUAUGACAUGUGAAGUUGACUGUGGAACCCCACCUCCUGUCCUUCACGCCGAGAUGACUGUUUCCGGCACGUGGGAGAGCAACGUUGCACAGUACACAUGCCAUGUUGGGUUUCUGCCUCUGGGGUCAGCAUUCGUCACUUGCCUACAGAACGGCAGUUGGGAAUCUCCGUCUUACAUGUGUGAAGAAGUUGAGCCACCAAAGGAAUUACCAGUUGAUAAAUACGGAAGAACACGCACUGAAAAAUGUAUCUGUCGAUGCAUCAGAAUUCAACGAAAACAAGAAGACAUUGUGGCCGAAAUAUCCAAAAAGCUGACUUUGAACACGAAGAGCCUGCUGUCCAACGUAAUGACAAAGGAAAGCCUUCCGGACGAGAGGAAGUCAUCUCAUGGCAUGGCCUAUGUUGCAAUGUCAGUAAUUGGAACUCUAUUCGGAGUUGUAUUCUUUUCGGACAUAUAUUACGUCAUAAACGGAAUAAAAAGACAUCUUAGCGUUCGUGGAUGAGGGUGAAUAAGAAGUCGUUAAAGAAAACAGAUUCACCUAUGUAGCAAGGGGAGAGGUGAGGAGGGUUAAUACACCCGACCUCGUCUCCUACAGCAGCUAAAAUUUGAUAUGGAGAUACAUUCAUGCUUAACAUUGGAGCUGGCAUCACUUAAAAUAAAAUAUUUAUGUAAUUAAACAUGGUUCGCAUUAGAACUUGUGCAUCAUCUGCAAGCUUUGCCGGAUCCGUACGGUACACUUGUCUGUUGCUAUUUUGAAGAAUGUACAUGGUUAUAAUACUUGUAUAAGUAUUUGUACUUUUGUGACAUCUUCUAGAUAACACGUUUCUCUGACUUUUGAGUGAUUCAAGUGUACCUUCUAACCAAUGAGCGUUUCUCAUACAUGUUUAAGAGGUCACUGUAUAUCUCACCAAAUGGCAAAGCAGCUUUCACUGAUGAGGGUUUCUCAUGCAUCAUUGAAGCAGAUUACUGUUAAGCUCUCCCCAGAAUAAUUAGAAGUAAGUCACAGAUGGCGGCCUUUCAUAGAUUAUAUAAGUAGGUUUCAGUUUAACUCUCACAAUAAAGACCCGUGAAGGUCCGGGUUAGAAUGAGACUUCAGUAACCCAUGCUUGUCGUAACGGGAUCGGGU